AUGUUAUUGACAAGUCGCAUUAUUGCGGCCGUAGAUCACCUCCUGCAACACGACGACGGCAUAUCAAAAGGCGUUGCGGAUAAGUUGCGAACAUACAGCUCCUCCCAGGAUCAGGAGAACCGCCCAACCACCAUUCCGCAUGGACUCCUCCAGCAAAUAUCCCAGGACCUUCUGAAAACGGAGAAGGAUGGAAAGUAUCAGUUACAUAGGCUGAUGGAAGGCAGUAAGAUUGCUCUGCAAGGGCCGCCAGAACGUGUGAAGAGCCCACAGUUACUUGCAACGCUGGACCGCAUCCGCAUCCAACUCGAGAAUGCCGAAUACGCGGAGAUGACCAAAAACGUCCGAUUGGACUUCCGUGAGGAACAGAAUGGCCCUUUAAGAAUAGGAGCAGAGCUUCGCGGCGCCUUCAGCCAAAUGUCUGCUGUUUUCAACGUCCUGUUCUCGAUCGCGGCGGUCUUUCUGGCCACGUUUUGGAUCAGUGGGACUGUAACAAGAGAAAUUGGAUACAAAACGUUGGUGAGCCUGGCGGCUGCGAUGAUUGUAGCGAUCGCGGAGGGGUGGUUUUUCACUAGGGAUCUGAUCCAGGAGGACAAGAACGCGGAAGCGGGGAAAGAGAAAGCGCCGUAGAGUGUUUGAGGGGUAUCAACCUAUUGCGCACGUUCUUCGACACCGGCUCUCCAUCGGCCAUUCGUAACCGUCGAGCAAAGGGUGUAAAAUUGCACCUCAUGUCGCUUGCGGAAUGUGAUCAAAGUCUAGCGGCCGUAGGCCAGACUGUUUCCUCCGCUCGAUACGCACCACCAGAAGAGAGGCCAUCAAAGGGAGAGACGAUUGCACUCCUGAAGUCACCAUAGGACCGGCAACGUGCUCUAAGGGAAAGCAGCGAGUUUCCUGCGCCUUCCGUCGCUCUUCAGUCUGGUGCACCGCAGUAUUUUUG